GAGCUGAUGAGUGAAGACGAGGUGGCCAUGGUGCAAAAACAGCAAAUCGAGAAGGAGAGGCGCCUUCGAGAGGAAGCCAGAAUGCUUGACAGCGAGAGACGGGAGCUGGAGGAAGCUCGCCUACGGAACGAGGCGGUGUUAGCAAAAAUCCGGAAAGCUGAAAAGAACCAAGGCGCGAUACCAAAGAAAAGUGAUAUUCCCGAAGAACCACCCGCAGAGAUGGAGGUGCCAAGUGUCGCCGUUGCCAGUGAAUCUGUCAGUUACACCCUUAAUGAAGCGGUAAAGAUGGUGCCCGCUUUCAACGGCUCCCCACCGACCUUAUUAACAUUUACACUUAAGCUUAUUAUUGGACAUUUGAGUGGGCACACAGCUGCCGCCGUGGAGGACGAAGAAAUCGACACCGUCGCUGAGCUGUGCAACAUCCUAAGGGACAUUUUCGGACCACAACGCACCGUCGACUACUACCGCGGUGAACUAACCAGUAUCUACAUGAAGAACGGUGAGCACGUUCUAGAUUUUAUAACCCGGGUGAAAGACUUGCGUGAUGCGAUCCUCGACUGCGACCGAGGCACGCCUAAUAUCGAUGAAAUUAACAAUUUCGCGAAAAGCUGUUUUAUUGAUGGGUUGAUGUCACCCAUGCGCUUAGAAGUGAAAGUGGUCGCGGCCGAACCUUUAAAGUGCGUAUUUAGAGAAGCCAUCUCGGUGUUCAAGAGACUAGAACUAGAAAAGUCGAGACAGGGCCGUACCGAAGUGCGCCGCGUGAAUUUUGAACAGCGUGACGGAGCCCCUGACUGGCGAUCAAAUAGAAACUUUAGAGAGAACGAAUCUCCGCGUCGCGUUGAUUUCGGAAGGCGUGAUCAAAACCCAGAAUGGCGCGAACGCCGUUUGAGCAGUCCGCCGCGUCGCGACUCGUGGAAAUCAACAUCGCCCGUCCCGUGUGGCGCCGAAACACUUGCUGAUCUGACAAGGCAUCUUCCUUAUAAGCUGACUUAA